AUGGAGGAAGAAACCCUGGAAGAUACCAACAGUGGGACGAGGUACCUGAAGAAGAAAGAGCCUGAAAAGGAGUCACAAUUUGAAGAGAGAAUCAACCAUUCAAGUCAAGGGAAAAGCAUUUCCAAUGAAAAUAGAUCACCUUUCACUCCAAUUGGAUGGUGGCAGCAUCUCCCAGAGGGAGGUACUACAAGGAAACAUAGUCAAGCAACUGGGAAUUACUCAGUGGGAGGCAUUACAGCAAUCCUUCUCAUCUGCCCUCUUCAGGAAUCCAAGGUUUGGCUACUGGCCAAGCAGAAGGUCCAGGAAGUGGAAAAACUGGUGAACAACGCCCUUUCUAAUAUCCUUUCCCUUAAGGACAAGGCUUUGAGGUUGAAAAUCGGUAAUUCCCACAUCCUGGAUGUCAAAGCCAAACUGACUUCUGAUGGCAAAGUCCUUAACCUGAAGCUUCCUGUCACCACUAACGUCACCCUGAUCCUGCCUCUCAUUGGCAAGGUGGUCAACCUGAAGACUUCCUUGGACCUCCUGACUUGUGUCAAAAUGGAAACCCAUGUCCAGGCUGACAUCCCCACAGUGGUCCAGGGCGAAUGCACCAGCAACCCAGCCAACACCUUGCUCACCCUGUUGGGCAGCCACAGUGUACUGAUCAACAACCUCACAGACACUUUGACCAGCUUCCUGAGCAAGACUGUGUCCUUCCUGGAGUAGAAGCAGAUAUCAUUGAUCUGCAUUUUCAUCUCCACCCUGGCUGUGAAUUUUAUUCAGAACACACCGAUAAACUUCAGCAAAGAAUCAUCUACACAUUUUUUAAAUAAAACAUUCCUGGACAAGUAA